AUGGAGACCGGGAGCAUCCUAGAGACGAUCGGCCAGGAGAUCAUCGCCGUGAUGGCCCCCGUCUCCAUCUGCAUGCUCCUCGUCGUCCUCCUCGUCUACUCCGUCUACAACCCCUCCUCCUCCUCCGCCGCCGUGUCCACCUUCCGCACCGCCGCAAACCUGGUCUACCAGGAAUCCCCCUCCGACUCCACCUCCCAGAAGCUCGAGGGCGCCAUCCUCAACGCCGCCGUCUUCGUCGCCUUCAUAACCGUCGUCACGUUCCUCCUCGUCCUCCUCUACUACUACCGCUUCACCAAUUUCCUCAUCUACUACACCAGAUUCUCCGUCUUCAUGAUCUUCUCGGCCAUGGGCAGCUCGAUCCUCAUCUCCGUCAUCCAGAGUGAUGGUGUGGAAUUGCAAGAAUUGUUGAGGAAUGCCGAUAGAGAAAACGUGAUUAGGGUUCAAGAAAGGGAUCAUUUGUUGAUUUCAGUUGGGGAAAAUGAAAAUCGGACGAGCAGAGGCGAAAUUGAGGAGGUAGAUGAUGAUACGGUUGAAACAUCGCCUCUAAUGGGAAAUCGAAUGCAAUCAAAUCCGAACGAGCUCACAGUUAACAACAAUGGUGAUGGGAAUAGGGUUUUGCAGGAAAGGGUGGAUAUGGAAGAGGUGAAAUCGAGAGGGAUAAAGCUCGGGAUGGGAGAUUUUAUCUUCUACAGUGUGCUCGUGGGGAGGGCAGCUAUGUAUGAUUUAAUGACGGUGUAUGCAUGUUAUCUCGCCAUAAUAUCAGGACUCGGGUGUACUUUGAUACUUUUGGCCAUUUGCCGUCAUGCUUUGCCGGCAUUGCCUAUCUCGAUUAGUUUGGGGGUUAUAUUUUACUUCUUGACGAGGCUUUUGAUGGAGCCGUUUGUUGUGGGGGCUUCGACUAAUCUGAUGAUGUUUUGA